AUUUGCAUUUCUUGCCAAAGUGAUUUGCGUGGGAGAUAUUUUUUUCUCUCUCUAAGGGAAAGAGAGAGAGAGAGAGAGAGAGAGAGAGAGAGCGCCAUCUUUUAUCACCUCAUCAGCCACGCGAUUCGGCUUGGAAGACGAUUUUGAUCCUGUUUCUAGGGUUUCACGAGAUUGCGAUUUUGUAAAAUUAAGGAGAAAACAAGAAAAUCAGUAAAAUUUUUAAUCAGGAAUUGGAAUCUUUUGUUGUUUUUGUUUUCUGGAAGAGAUUUUUUUUGUCUCAGAUCACUUUGAUUUGCCAUGGCCGACCGGAGAAACCGAGAUUCUUACGACGAAGACAGGACCGACGGCGUUGAUGGCGUCGUCGAUCAAUCUAACGGCACGGAAUUCGACGAUUCGUCUUCUUUGAGUGCCGGCGAGACCGCUGGCGGCCGAUCUAGAGAGAUUGGGCUGGAGGAGCGUUUGACGGAAAUUCUCGUGGAAGAAGGCGACGGCGAUCUGUUGCUCCAGCAGAACAAUCGAGAGGACAGGGUUUUGCAGUGGCUUCAGGCGCUUGAUAUGCAAGUUAUGGGAGCUUGUCGAACGGACGAGAGGUUGAAGCCGUUGUUGAAGAUGAAUGCUUCGAACGGCGUUGCGGAAGAUCGCUUGCUCGCUCAUUUAAGCCAGCAUUUUGAGCCUGUGGAAGUCGGUAUGCUAGCCCGGUGCUUCUGCAUACCUCUUGUUUCAAUUCGUGUGGGAAAGAUCAACAAGCAAGGGACUCUACUUUGCCCCACUGCUACAAGGGGAACUCUUACUCUUACAGUGUUGCCAACAUCUGAUUUACGCCUCUCGUUCGUUGGUGACGAUGGCCAUACUGAGAGGCUAUUCACCUUAAGUACCAAAUCUCAAUAUUCUUCUAUAACAGUCAAUGAGAUUGCAGCAGACAACUCUGGUCGAUCUUUCUUUAUAAAAGCCUCAGAUGGCCAAACUUUUUAUUUUUGGUGUUCAGAGAAGUCAAAGCUCCUGGGGAAUGAGUUGCUUGUGAAGAUGAAGGAUUUACUGGCUAGGAGACCCUCUGUUGCCGAAUUAACUGGAAUCAGUGAGUCGCGGCUUGGCUGUUUUGCAACUCACCUUCGUGCCUAUCUUGUUGGAUCAACUGUGAUUGGAACCCCAGCAAGUUUAACUGGCUCACAAAGGCAUCAGGAUGCCAGAAGUGAGCAGUCGGAGACUCCCCAGGAUGGACAAUUCUCAUCCAUGCCAGCAAAAUCUCUAAGAUCACGGUAUGCUGGCAGUCAGGCAGUAAGGGCAAAUUCAUCAUUUCAGGGCAGCCUGAGUCCGAGAUCAAGUUCUUUUAAAGAAGGCCUGUCCAGAAAUUUGUCUUCCCUAAAAAAUGCUGCUAGGGAAAAGUUGAGGCGGCGUGGGGACAACCAUUUGGCCAUUGAUAACCUAAGUGCCGUAGCAGCUGUAGUUGCAACUGAUGGAUCUUUAAAUCCUGGUGAGAAUGACAAGAUCCCAGAAAGCAUUAGAAGUUGCUCGUUACCUACUUCCUGCUUUCUGGAUUCAUUAGGAAAAUUGGCUGUUCCACCAGCUCGAAGUUCAGAAUCCCAAGUUCCGUUUAUGGGUGCUCCACUUUUAUCCCCCUACUAUUGUUGGUGUCCUCCUGGUGCAUCAACACUGCAAUUCUCAGCAGAGUCCUCUCAGCUUUCUAGCUCAUCAAUCGCAUCACCUUCGCUACCGCCACUCUCCUCUUUGUUGCCAGCUACAAUUCCCUCCAGCUUGUUGUCACAGACACCACCUUUCAAUCUGGUUGAUACUGCCUCUUUGGAUUUUCCUGCUUUUCUUCCAGACCCGUUGGUCCGAUUGCCGAGGCCAACUGCUCAGCAGAUCCCAACCUUUACACCUUUAAUAUGCGACUCAAUUGUUCACAUUCCAGUUAUUGGUGUUUGCUCAUCAGGGCCAGGUUAUCUGGUUAGUGCUGGUCCCACUAUGCCAACCACCAUUCCUCCAUUGCACCCAAAUCUUGUCAACCCAUUAAUUCCUGAAACCGAAUCCAUGGUUGAAAAGGGUGCAAGAGAGACUCUGCGGCUACUCAUCAGUGGUUCAAGCCCGACAAACCCUCCCUUGAUGGAUGCAUUGCCCGCUGUUCUAACAAAGGCAGAUGAGAAUCCAAGUAUGAUUGUUGCCGGGAGCCGGGGCCUCUACGGUGGAACGAGGGACGUUGAUGUUAUUGCAAGCAGCAUUGCAGCCAUUGGUCUGGUUUCGCUCUCAGGGAGAUCCAACAGCGACCCUGUUGCACAGGGCUGUAGCAACCAUGGACAUUCCGACUUACACAAAGAGGGAUCUAGCGUUGUGAAUGAGUAUUUUUCAGACGACGAGGUCGCCGUUCUCCCCGGUCAUGAGGGACAGAUGACUGAUUAAUAGAAUUAUGUCCAUCUCUUUAUUUUAUUUGAUUUUUUUUUUUUUUUUUGGGUUUUACAAAUUUUAGGUGUAGAUAUCAUAGCCCUUGGCCUUCCGAAAUGUAAUUAGCUCUCAAUCCCACCUUGUCCCCGUGGUUCUCAUUGUUCCAUCUAUUUUUCUUGUAAUGAACUAGAAUGUGAAUGAAUUUUGUAUUUUGCUCUUCUA